UGUUUAAAAAACCCUAUCUUUUUAAGUAAUUUGAAUGACAAAGAUUAAUUAUUUUCAUCUUUGGAAACAUGUUAAAUUUAUCUGUCUAAUGCAUUCCUGUAUAGUAUGUCAAGAAUAUGACCAACACAAUGUCUAAUGGGAAAGAAAAACAGAAAAAGAUAUAAAGACCCAAUUUUAUGUGAAAUAGAAGAAAGAGAAAGAAUUAAGCAGUCUGUGCUACAAGUUUUCAGAGCAAGGUAUUCAGUACCAAGUAGUAGUGGAGCUAUAGUCAUUGGAAAGGACAAACCAAGUUGUAUAGACCUUACAAAGAGCAAAACAGUUCAUGAAGUGGAAGGAGAGAGCUCAUCUAGCAUGACAGAAUCUGAAUCGUCUACUAGUUCUGAUAAAAAGACAAACAAAAAGAGACGAAGAAGGAAAAGACAAAAGCCACAGAGAAAAGUGAAAAAGGUAGAAACGACAGACAGACAUGAUGUUGCCAAGCAUCUGAAGAUAGCUAAUGAUGUUAGUCAUAUAUUGAGACCAACUAUAGAUUCCUCUAAAGUUAGCAGUAUAUGUCAAAACAGAUUGACUAGGAAAAUGGGUCUUUUCAACGCAGGAAAGAAAUCUUCAACAAUAUCGAGAGAAAUAUAUAUUCCUGAUGCAGUGAAGAAAAAAACACAAGAAGAUUUAAAGAAGAUCUUAAAUCAAAGUGACAAAGAAGAUGAUAACCAGUCACAUGAUGAUCAAAUGAACAUCAGUCAUAGCCCUUUGAUAUUACCAAAACCAAGUUACCGAGCUUCUACCACUAACAGUAACAAGAGGUCUGAUCUUGGAUACAGAAGUGCUGGUAGUAAUUCUAUCACACCUUCAUCUCCAAAGAUUAGAACAACAGUCGGCUCUGCUAGUUGUUUGAGUGCUGCAAGUUCUGAAGAUUUGAGAGAAAUUUUACCAGAGGAACCUCCAAUGGAAGAUAUUUCUGAGUUACUUAUCAAGAAUCUAAACUUAAAACAGUUCUUUCCUGGCAGAAAUUUGUUUGAAGAGACUGUAGAAGAACUGAGGAAGAUUAUGAAACAGAAUUCUUUUAGUUCCACCCCAAUCUCAAAGAAAUUACAUGUCCAGCAGGUAGAUUCCGUGAAAAGAUCACUUCUUGACGUAUAUUCUCCAGCAAAGCAACAAGGUAAUGUCAAGGUACCUUCCAGACCAUCAAGUGUCAAGAUUACAUCAUCAACCAAUAUGUCAAAGUCUCCAAGGAUGUCAAAGAUUCAGCCUUGUACAACAAUGCAUAAAUCAACCAGAUCAUCUAUGAACUGUGAGAAAUAUCUCUUCCCUAAAACAAAUGCUAUAACAUAUGAAUCUGCUUCCCAAGAAAAACAAUAUUUAGAUGGAAAAACUCUUAUAAAUAGGUGUAAUAAUCCUCCAAUCUACAGCAUGGCUAAUAUAAGUCACAAACAUUCAUCAACGGUAACUCAGUCUCCUCGUAAAUACCUUAGAAAAGACUCGGAUGCAAAGACUUUGUUGAAAUGCAAUGAUAAGAUGAUAGCAGAAGCUUGUCACCAGAUGGAGCAGUUAGCCUCUAAACCUCAGCCAAUGGAAACAGAUGAUUCAAAUACUUCAGAUUCAAAUGCUUUGAAUUUGUUAAAGCAAGAUGAAGCAAAGAAAAUGAGAAGACAGGUGAGUUAUCAUGGUUAUACACUUAGAGAAAUUCAGAGAGAUAUUUUAAGCUUAUUGCCAGAUGACAUUGCACAAAACAGUUCCCAGUCAUCAGGUUACCAAGGCAGCCAGAACAGUAGAUAUGGACAUGAAGAACAGACAUCUAGGAUAGCUGAUCAGACUACAAGGAAUACUACCUAUAUGCCACAGUUUCAUACAAAUAACCAUGGCGAUGGCAAUGUUACUGAUUACAAAGAAAACGUUUGUGAGAAUAUGGACAUUUUAGACUAUUUGGAUGGUCCUCCACCUCAGCCUGAGACCAGAGUGAGGAAGCAGACAAAUCCUAGACAGGUGAAAUCAACAACAGAUACUGAUGGAAUACAAAUGUGGGUUCCUCCAAACGUACAUGUUGUAUUACUGCCAAAGAAACCAACAUUUGAAUCACCAAGUCCAGAGAAAAUGAGACCAAGAUUUAUGCACUAAAUAUGAUUUUCUGUUUAGAACUUACUCACAUUCAUUGAUAAUGGAAUAGAUAUGUGAAUGAUAUAUAGCAAUAUUUAUAUAUUUUCUCAUGUUUCAUGCUAAUUUAAUAUUAUAAAGCCUAUGAAAUUUGCUAAGAAUUACUUUAUUUGAAACAUGCAAUUUUAAACAUUGCAUGCAUGUUGUGAUACUAGUCUCAAAAGAGAAUUAAUUUGUGAUUUAGUUAUUAAACUUGGUAAAGUAUUUAAGGUAAAAAUGCAGUUAUUCUAUUAGUGAGCACAUGUUUAUUCAGUUUGUUAUAUUUAUUUAUGGUAGAAGUAUACCUUUGUUUUUCUUGUGAUUUAUUUAAUUUUUUAAUUUGUCAUUGUUGAAAUUUUCUAAAUUUUAAUUUUCUGUAUUAUUGUUUUAAAAAACAAUUAGUACCUUUAAGCCAUUAAACAUUAUACCUUUUUUUUUUUGUUAUAUUUAGACAAAUGAAUUAUAACCUGGUGAAGCUGACUGGGUUAAUGUGAUCUUAUUUUUUUUGUAGUUUAAAAUAUUCUGAGCUAUUUUAAUAUGAUAACCUAUUUGAAAGAUUGCAAUUUUUUU